UGCACUUGAACGCAGCACGCCGAGGCUCUCAUACGUCCGCUGCCGGGCUCAGACAAGUUGAGUUGCGGGCCGGGCGCUUCUCGUCUUCGGAUCCUUGUGGCAACUCCAUGCGCGCCAUCUCUUCUGCGAUGCAUGGCGGGGGCUCUUAAUUAAGCACCACUUGCUGCAUUUUAAAGACGUUUUCUCCUCAGGGACACGUGCUCGCUUGGCUUUUCAGGCAUUAACUGACUAAAAGCUCCAAGCACCAGUGGAUCUUGCAUUUUUAUUUUUAUUAUUAUUAUUAUUUUUCUUAAAUUAGCAGGAUACAGCAGAGAAGCGCCUAGAUCUUCAACCAUGUCCAUAAUGCUCAGACUGGAUAUUCUCGUUUACACUUUUUUUGCGCUGUGUAUCGCAGCCAAAGCAGAAUUGAAAGCAAGGAACUGCAGCGAGGUGAGGGAGGCUUGUGCGGCUAAGGGCUUCAUCUUCACGCAUGUUCCCCUCCAGGAGAUCCCAGGUGAACAUCUGCGAGUGUGUCCACAGGGAAACACAUGUUGUACCCAAGAAAUGGAGGACGCCUUCGGCCAGCGCAGCAAACAGGAGUUUGGUGACCUGGUUGAUGAGAUGAGUCAUACUUUGAGGAGCAUGUUUGUGUCCAGACAUCAGAAGUUUGAUGAAUUCUUCUUGGAGCUGCUGGAGAACACCGAGAGGUCCUUGAACGAGAUGUUCGUGCGGACGUACGGCAAGCCUUACAUGCAGAACGCGGAGGUUUUCGAGAACCUCUUCGCCGAGCUUAAGCGAUACUACACGGGGGGAAACGUAAACCUGGAGGAAAUGCUUAACGACUUCUGGUCGCGGCUGCUGGAGCGUAUGUUCACGCUGCUCAACUCCCAGUAUGUCAUCACCGAGGACUACCUGGAGUGCGUCAGCAAGUACACAGAUCAGCUCAAGCCCUUCGGUGACGUGCCGAGGAAGCUUAAGGCUCAGGUCACCCGGGCGUUCAUCGCUGCUCGCACUUUCGUCCAAGGACUCUCUGUCGGCCGCGAGGUGGCUCAGAGAGUCUCUAAGGUAAGCAGCACUCCAGCAUGCAUGCGAGCGCUGACCAAGAUGUCGUACUGCCCCUUCUGUCAAGGCAUGCCGGCCAUUAAGCCCUGCAAGAACUACUGCCUCAAUGUUAUCAAGGGCUGCCUGGCUAAUCAAGCCGACCUGGACCCCGAGUGGAACCAUUACAUUGACGCCAUGCUGCUAGUGGCGUUGCGGCUCGAGGGACCUUUCAACAUCGAAUCCGUCAUGGACCCCAUUGAUGUCAAGAUCUCAGAGGCCAUCAUGAAUAUGCAAGACAACAGCGCGCAGGUCUCCUACUAAGGUAUUGCUUUUCAAGGUUGCGGUCAGCCAAAACCCUCAGGAAUGACGAGGUCUGCCCGUGGCGUUCCGGAUGUGUUCAACGCCCGCUUCAGGCCCUACAACCCAGACGAGCGUCCCACCACGGCAGCUGGCACGAGCCUAGACAGACUGGUUGUUGACAUAAAAGAGAAACUGAAGCAGUCCAAGAGAUUUUGGUCCGGUCUCCCUGAGGAGAUGUGCAUGGACACCAGACUGGCUGCUGGGAACGCCUCUGAUGACCAAUGUUGGAAUGGACACACCAAGGGAAGGUAUUUCCCAGAAGUGGUAAUGGACGGACUGACCAACCAGGUCAACAACCCCGAGGUCAACGUGGACAUCACCCGUCCAGACACGCUCAUCCGUCAGCAGAUCAUGGCUCUCCGAGUGAUGACCAACAAGCUGAAGAACGCCUACAACGGCAACGAUAUCUACUUUCAGGACUCAAGCGACGAGGGCAGCGGUUCAGGCAGUGGAAGCGGCUGCACAGAGGCCUGCCCCACAGAGGCAGAUGGGGCCGCUCCCGAAGCCCCGGUUGUGGAGGCCGACCGCAGGGGUCCGGUGGACGGCGCUCCUUCAUCCCACGCGCCCCACGCGGGCCUCUUGGCCGCUUUGGCCCUCUCGGCUUUGCUGCUCCAAAUACAUUGGAGAUAAUGCAGGUGAAAGUAGCUUGCGGCGAGCGUUGCCAGACACUAUUCAGGCUGAAGCAGUCAACUGAGUCACACAUCGAUUUUCCCACCUUCCCAAAGAGUGCACAUCCACUGACUUGAUACUUCACGACAUCGUUCCUCUGUCCGACCCUGAUGCCGACCCUACAAACUCUGCUGGAGAGAUUAAAACUAUUUUUAUUCAAGAAAAAAGAAAAAAAACUCUUUGCACAUAUGUCAGGCAGUAAUGUCUGUCACCAUGUGGAAGAAUAUAGCACGCACUUUGAUUGUUUUGACAUUUUGUGUUGAUGAAAAAAAAAUGAGCGUGUGUGUGUGUGUGUGUGUGUAAGUUCGUAAAUUCCUUUAAAAUAUGCUUAUUGAGGACUCAAAGUGGUACAGUUAUGUUCAAUGUAACAUUUUAAUCUGAUUCAAAGGAUUUAAUGGAAGAUGUGACAUAGAGUUUAACUUGUAACUUAAAUUGCCAUAAAAAGAUCAGUACUAAUAUUGGAUUUUUUUUUUCAUUUGAAUGAAUUGAAUGGUCUUUUUUUUUUAAAUGAAUCUAUCAUAUUCUUACAAUGAUUUCAAUUAUGUAUUAAUAGUCCGUCCUCAAGCCGUAUACUCAUUUAAAAGGGAAAAAAGCUGAUAUUGUAUGCUUUCAUUUGCCUUGCAACCGAUUAAUUAACUUUCAGCAAAAUACGUUCAUAUUGUGUUGGUUUUAAUUAAGCAGUCUGGAGAGUAAACCAUCUGCACAGACGUGCCUCCGUUGCCAUUUUGUAUUUGUUCACAAGGCUAAAUCUUGUUAGUGUCUAUCCAUUGAAAGUACAAGCAAGCAUUCUGUGCAUAAAAGACUGAAUGCUGAAAACUAUUUGAUCACUCAUUAAAAUGCAUGUAUCUCUUUAUGAAAAGAAGAAUUUUGAAGGCCAGGAAAAUCUUAUUGGUUGAACUCAAUAACACAACCUACCAAUUAAGCUGGUUGUUUGUAUGUGCUGUACACUGGCGACCAGCGCAGUGCACAUACAAAUAUCAUCCACACUCAUGCUAUACCACUGUAUCAUACUGACUGUAAAAACAGGCUCAUAAAUAGGAAAUAUGUGUUUGUGCUGCACAAGAAAACAUGGAUUUGGUAAAAAAAAUAAUAAUAAUAAUAAAAAUACUGCAGCAUAUAUGGCUCUAGAAGUAAAAGUCACGAAAAUGCCCCCGGAAAAUAACAAAAAGUACUUUAUGCAUCUCAAAGUGUGCCAUUUCUAUAGCAGCCCUUGCACAAUAAUGCAGAAUGUGAGGGAUUUAUUAAGGAGAGUGUGCGUCAAAAUGCAAAGAAAAGCCACCCCUGAACGUGUUCUGUGAAGCCUGAACGUUGGUGUGUGUGCAGCGCAGGCGGGCUGGAAGGCGACCACAGUCACCUGUGAAAUGAGAAUCCGUGGAGAGUGGAGAGCGGACAGGCCUGAAUGCAUCUAUCUCGUCAGUAGAGCGUAUUGCUGAGGGGGUCGGGGGUCCCGGCCAACCAAAAGCAGCCUGUGUGCGCCUUCUCCGAGAGCUUGUGUUAUUCAUUUCAUAACAUAUCAGCAAGGACUUGUACAGUCUGUAAUUCCAAAAUUUAUAAUGAAUAGUGCUCUUAUGUUUUGUAUCAUCAAACCUUUAAUGGUAAUAUUUUUGCAAUAAAAUGUUGUGGGGGGGGGGGGGGGAUAUAUAUCCAGCGGUGGAAAUGCUUCAGUCAAUAUUUUUAUUUUUCAUCAGUACAUUGUUGUUGUAUGAAUUUACAUUCAAAUGAACUCUGUUUGAAUUCGAUUUCAAGCAGAUGAGAAAAUAUGCCUUACAAUGCAACUAAAGGGGAUUGCAGUCAGUGUUUUUUUUUUUUUUUUUUUUUUUUUUGUACUGUUCUUAAAAAUAAAUAUUUGUUAAAAACAAUACAAUAGGUUCUUAUUUGUGGUGACUCUGGAGUGCUAUAAGACAACAUUUCUUUCCAAAUAGUUGAAAUAAAUUUAGUGGGGUUUUUUUUGUUACAUUUUACUAAAAGCAUGUUAAAGGGCUUAAUUAUUUCAUAAUUUUCAUUGUUUCGGCAUGUCAUUCAUCUACAAGUGAUUCCCCAACCACUCUAAUGUUCCACAGGAAAUUCUCACUAUUAUCACUGUUCAUCUAUCAAUGCCAAUGAUGUAUGUUGACAAGCAGAACAAAUGUUCUUCCAACAGAUGGCAAUAAAGUUUGGCAAA